GGACAUGCUGACGAUCAUAUUUCGUCGAAAGCGGGUAUUAAGAGAGGUUGGAACCUUAACCGGGGUUACACCGUGAAUUGUACCGAAACCAAGUUAGUUAUCACAAGUCUAUAUGAGGACAAGCUCAAAUUACAGGUCUAUAUGUACUGA